CCGAAUACUUCUCGCAAACAUGUGGAUCAUUGACUGGUUUUGGGAUGUUCUGUCCUCGCUUGGACUCAUGAACAAGCAUGCCAAACUCCUUUUCCUUGGACUUGACAAUGCAGGAAAGACCACGCUGCUACAUAUGCUCAAGAACGACAGAGUCGCUGUCCUCCAGCCGACUCUCCACCCCACCUCCGAGGAGCUCUCGAUAGGAAACGUCAAGUUCACAACCUUCGACCUUGGAGGCCACGCACAAGCUCGACGACUCUGGCGCGAUUACUUCCCUGAAGUUUCCGGUAUUGUCUUCCUCGUUGACGCCAAGGACCAUGAGCGUCUCUCCGAAUCCAAAGCAGAGCUCGACGCUCUUCUGGCUAUGGAAGAGUUGAAGAACACCCCCUUCGUCAUUCUCGGAAACAAGAUUGACCACCCCGACGCCAUCUCUGAGGACCAGCUCCGUUCCGCGCUCGGACUAUACCAGACAACGGGUAAGGGCAAGGUACCACUCGAGGGUAUCCGACCGGUUGAGGUCUUCAUGUGCAGUGUGGUCAUGAGGCAAGGUUACGGAGAGGGUAUUAGGUGGUUGAGCCAGUACGUCUAGGCGCAAACUUCCAGUAACCAGAAGGACGUCAGUUUGGCGCAAAGCAGAACAGAAAGCAGAGGGAGAGCAUGUGACACUUUAGCUCUUUCGAUGGAACGAGCUAGAUGCAAGUACAAAACAUGAUUGUCAAACGUAUGUUAGAUGUACUCUUAUGGGCG